GGUUUUUUAAUGGUGUAGUGGGGGGUGUGAGUCACGUGAGACAAGUUCCGACCCGAAUAUCCCUUACCUUAAACCAGCAACCGGAAAUUCGACAAACAUUGAUGGUGGCGGUGCCAUGUUGGGUGGUGGUGUCUCUCGUAUUUCUCACCAUUUUCGAGAAUGCGACCUAGGCUGCUUCAGAUUCACUCUUCAAACUCUCCACCAUUCGUUUCCACGGCCUCUGAAACCUCGUUGGGGAGGAGGAGGUACCACCAUCACCAUCACCGGGAAGCCGCCAAACAGACUGCCAUUAAGCCACUGCUUUUCUGCUACCCCAUCUAAGUCUCCCGGAGAAUUUCCCCUUCUUUUCGAUUGUUUCAGCCAACAAGAAGAGGAACGGGAAAUUAUGUCUGAUGGAAAAUCUGCAGUGGCAGGUGGAAUUGUAGCAUUGGGAAAGUUCGAUGCUCUGCACAUAGGUCAUCGAGAACUUGCAAUUCAAGCAUCAAAGGCGGGACAACCAUUUCUUUUAUCAUUUGCUGGCAUGGCAAAAGUACUUGGCUGGGAAAAUAGGGCUCCUAUAGUUGCUAAAAGUGACCGAAAGCGAGUUCUUUCAUCUUGGGCUCCUUAUUGUGGUAACAUGGUCCCAGAAGAGUUUCAGAUUGAAUUUUCAAGUGUGCGGCAUCUCAGUCCCCGACAAUUUGUUGAAAAAUUAUCAAGAGAGCUUAGGGUGCGUGGAGUUGUAGCUGGUGAGAACUAUCGAUUUGGAUAUAAAGCGGCUGGUGAUGCAUUGGAGCUGGUGAAGCUGUGUGAGGAGUUUGGAAUGGAAGCUUACAUAAUAAAAUCUGUCAUGGACAAGAAUCUGAGCUCUGCAAAUUUGGAUUUCAGUACUAGCUCCAAAGAGAGGGGACAAGUCUCAUCUACUCGUGUUCGCGAAGCACUUGCUGUCGGGGACAUGAGAUAUGUUUCAGAGCUUUUGGGGAGACAACAUCGUCUCAUAUUAAUGGCCACCGACCAAGAAAGGUUCAGUGUUGGCCAGGGUAAGGUGUCUGCUCCUAGAUCCUGCCUAUUGAAUCUAGCACCAAAGGAAGGUUUGUAUGAGAAGUGUUCACUUUUCCUUGGUCAAGAACAUGUUGUGCAGUGUAGAUUAGUUAUUGACAACAAGUUUGUCUAUAUAGAAACAGAUCAAGGAGGUCUGAGUGAUAUUUUUGGUACUCAAAAUUUGCAGUUCUUGCACAUUGAAUUUGGUGAUUCUAGCACUUGAUUCAGGUUAGAUAAUUAUUUCUAUUAAAUUUAUAGCCUACUGAGUUAUAGAUGAAUUUCAACCAUCUACCUUAAGGGCUUCGGAUGAAACUGCUGAAUCUUAAAGCUGAUAUAAUUUUAUCUGUACCCUUUUCCCCAUAAUGCAUGUGUAUUAGAACUGCCAUGUUUCCUCA